AUGAAGAAGGUCAAGGAGAACAUGAAGACCAACGGCGCUUCCGACGACGAGAUCAAGGAGUUCGAGACUGGUGCCCAGACCUUCGCCAAGAAGGUUGUCGGCUCCUUCAAGGACUGGGAGUUCUUCACUGGCGAGUCCAUGGACCCCGACGGCAUGAUCGUUCUCCUCAACUACCGCGAGGACGGCAGUAUGUUAUACCGCCCCGAACAUUACAAUAGUCUCUUUACUAAUAUACCUUCCUCUUUCAGCGACACCAUAUGCGUGUUUCUUUAUGUCCCCCUUUUCCUCUCUCAUCUUUUCGCAAAACUAAUAUCUUGCAGGGAAGCACGGCAUGUCCGAGAUGAAGGUUUAAGCCUCUCAAAAAGCAGGCAAGCUGGUUGCAUAUCUGGGCUCUUGUCUUUUUCCAAUUACGCGCUUUCUUAUGAUAUCCAUGAGCCCAAUAAAAGCACGCUCACCUUUCUGACACCAAUAUUCUCCCUGCGUUGCACCUUCAUGUGA